ACACACAGCACAAGCAAGUAACCACGCCGUCUCCUCCGCCUUCGCUUUCCCUGCCGUCGUCGUCGUCUCUCUCGCUGCGCGCCUGCGCCUGCUGCUGCUGCUGGUGCUGGUGCGAGGGGAAGACGAGAGCACAGGGCAGAGGAAGAAGGAGAAGGCGGCCGACCUCGCCGUCGUCUUCAACCUCGCGACGCGUUCAGUGCGUAGGUGAGCCGAGUUAAACGAGCUAGCGAGGGCGAGGGAGGAGGAGGCAGGGGGUACGCCGAGGCACAGAACAACCGACAGGGAAGGCGACGAACGAGUUCGUUUCUCUCCCCGCCGGUUCGUCUGCCGCCGGCCGAGGAGGAAGGGAGGAUGUUUGGGGACUGCCAGGUCCUGUCCUCGAUGGCCGCCAUGGCCGGGGCCUCCUCAUCAGCGGACGCGCUCUUCAUCCCCAACCCGGGCGCGCUCGCCGGCUUCAUGUCCUCCUCCGCCGCCGCCAUGCCGUUCCACCACUUCACCACCACCACCGCCUCCCUAAUACCUAAGGAGGAAGGCGGCAUCAUGGGCGCGCUCCAAGCGGCCAAGGACGAGGACAUGGAGCUGGAGAUGGACAUGGAGCUCAGCGGCGGCUCCGGCAGCGGCCACCUGGACGGCCUCCUCAGCUUCGCGGACGUGGACGACGACCGGCCCGAGCAGAAGCCGCAGCACAGCGGCCUCGAACUCCAGACGGUGGACGCCGCCGGGAAUCAGCAGCUGGCCACCAACAACGGCAAGAAGAAGCGGUACCACCGCCACACCGCGCACCAGAUCCAGCAGAUGGAAGCGCUGUUCAAGGAGUGCCCGCACCCGGACGACAAGCAGCGGCUGAAGCUGAGCCAGGAGCUGGGGCUCAAGCCCCGGCAGGUCAAGUUCUGGUUCCAGAACCGGCGCACGCAGAUGAAGGCGCAGCAGGACCGCGCCGACAACGUGCUCCUCCGCGCCGAGAACGAGAGCCUCAAGAGCGAGAACUACCGCCUGCAGGCCGCCAUCCGCAACGUCGUCUGCCCCAACUGCGGCCACGCCGCCGUCCUUGGCGAGAUGUCCUACGAGGAGCAGCAGCUCCGCAUCGAGAACGCCAGGCUCAAGGACGAGCUCGACCGCCUGGCGUGCAUGGCGACCCGGUACGGCGGCGGCCGCCAGCCGAGCAUGUCGUCCGCGCUGGGCUGCUUAUCGGCGCCGCCGCCGUUGCUCAUGCCGCCGCUCGACCUUGACAUGAGCGUCUACUCUCGCCAUUUCACGGACCAGUCUUCUGUCAUGGGCUGCGGCGAUCUCAUCCAGUCCGUCCUCGCGCCGCCGCAGCAGAUCGCCGGCGGCGCCGAGCACCAUGCCGCGUCGUCGUACAUGGGCUCCAUGGCGCCUGUCCCGGAGCAGGACAGGCAGCUGGUUCUCGACCUCGCAGCCACGGCGGCCGACACCCUCGCCAAGAUGUGCCGCGCCGGCGAGCCGCUCUGGGUACGCUGCCGCGGCGCGAGCUCCGAGGUCAUGGUGGCCGAUGAGCACGCGCAGAUGUUCAGCUGGCCAGUCGACGGCGGAAAGCAGGGCGGAGGCUCCGCGGCCGCCGCCAGGACUGAGGGUUCAAGGGACAGCGCCGUUGUUAUCAUGAACAGCAUCACGCUAGUGGAUGCCUUCCUCGAUGCAAACAAGUGGAUGGAGCUGUUCCCUUCGAUCGUGUCCAAGGCAAGAACCAUUCAGGUCAUAAACCAUGGAGCUGCUUCUGGCCAUCUGGGCAGUGGAUCUCUUGUCUUGAUGCAGGCGGAGGUGCAGUUCCCGUCUCCUCUGGUGCCGGCGCGGGAGGUGGUGUUCUUCCGCCAUUGCGUGCAUAACGCCGAAGAGGGGACCUGGUCCGUCGUCGAUUUCCCCGCAGAGGGCUUUCAGCUGGAGGCGCUGCAGACUUCAUCAGUGGUCAAAUGCCGGAGGCGCCCCUCUGGUUGCAUCAUCCAGGACAUGCCCAAUGGCUACUCAAGGGUGGUGUGGGUGGAGCAUAUGGAGAUGGUUGGGGAGGAGAAGCCGCUGCACCAGGUGUUCAAGGACUAUGUCGCCAAAGGCACUGCCUUCGGUGCCACACGCUGGGUCUCCCUGCUUCAGCGCCAGUGUGAGCGCCUUGCCAGUGAGCUUGCUCGCAACAUUGCCGACCUCGGAGUGAUCCGCACCCCAGAGGCAAGAACAAAUAUGAUGAAGCUGUCGCAACGGAUGAUCACUACUUUCUGUGCCAAUAUCAGUGCUUCUGGGAGUCAAUCUUGGACAUCUCUCUCAGAGUCUACAGAGGACACGAUCAGGGUCACUACGCGUAAGAACACUGAUCCAGGGCAGCCCAGUGGUGUCAUACUGACUGCUGUCUCCACCAGUUGGCUUCCUUUCAGCCAUCAGCGGGUCUUCGAGCUUCUUGCUGAUGAACAACAACGCUGUCAGCUUGAGAUUUUGUCAAACGGAGGCUCACUUCAUGAAGUGGCACACAUUGCAAAUGGAUCACACCCAAGAAAUUGCAUUUCACUUCUUCGAAUUAAUGCUGCAAGCAACUCAUCACAGAAUGUGGAGCUCCUGCUGCAGGAGAGCAGCACCCACCCUAAUGGCGGGAGUCUUGUGGUGUUUGCAACUGUGGAUGUGGAUGCCAUCCAAGUGACAAUGAGCGGCGAGGACCCUUCCUAUAUCCCUCUCCUCCCCCUGGGUUUUGCCAUCUUCCCAGCAACCAACCCUUUGCCUGCAGCAACCAGCGCAAGCUCUGGCAAUGGCGAAAGCAGCCCAGGUAAACCAGAUGAGCCUGCCAGUGGCUGCCUCCUCACCGUUGGCAUGCAGGUGCUAGCCAGUGCGGUGCCCUCAGCCAAGCUGAACCUCUCAAGCGUCACGGCUAUCAACAGCCAUGUCUGCAAUGCCAUCCACCAGAUUACAACCGCGCUGAAGGGUGCUGGAGCGAGCAGGGCUGAGCCGGCAGCUGCGGGCGGCUCGGACUAGUUGCAAGAAUGAAUGGGUGGGGAACCGAGGAGAGCAGAUCGACAGACCAAAAUGCCUGCCAAGUCUGGUUGUUUUUGCUAACACCCAGGUUUUCUAUUAGUGCCGGUGCAAGGGAGGAUUUGACAAGAACCCGAAACUAACACAUGAAAAGUUCAAAACUCCUCUCUUUUCCCGCCAUGUGCCUCUCAAAAUGACAAAAAUACCCCCGACCAAACAAACAGUGUGGGGGCAUUUUGAUCAUUUUGGGAAGCUAGUGCUAUCUACAACUACUAGAAAGGGUCUUGUCAAGCUCUCACUUGCACCGGCUGAACCAAUCACACAGGUAGAAACCGGGCAUCUUGGUCAUGCAGUUGCUCCUGCUCUCAGUCUGUUCCCUUGCUCAGAAACCAGAACUGUGAAGGUUAGCUUCGACCGGUAUGCUUCUUUGAUUUUUGUAAUAAUAAGAUGGGAGAUUACCUAAUAGUUUGCGCGUGAUGGUUCGCCGUGUGUGUCGUAGAGCCGUAUAACUCUGUUAGAGAUUCAAGACUAUUGUGUAGGAGAGGAGAGAAAAGUGUGAGAGGAGGAGUCAAGAGCGAACCAAACCGGUUGUGACCCUUGGAUUGGAUCCCAGGCCAUCAGGGAAGAAAGGGUCUUGGUUCGGGAAUUGACUUGUUCCCUCUCGGCACUGCCCUUUGUCGAUCUGUAACCUGCUUGUUCGUGUUACUCGGAUCGUUUGAUUACAUUGGCAGAUUGUUAUGUGUGUUGCA